GAUUGUUAUAAGUAAACCGAUCUAAGCUAGUGAGUGGGCCUCAGAUUGUUAGGUUUUAGUUUUCUGAAGAUCGGAUCAGGCUGGAAUUGAAAAACGACCUCGUACGUUGGAGAACUCGGGGGUUUAAACGGUGGCAGCCAGCCACUUUAACAAACUCUGCUAAAACCCUAAGAAAUGGACCUUCAAUCCGUUUGUCUCGGAUUUCCUUUCCCAAAUUUCAAAUUACCCAAUCAUCGUCGCUUCUGUAAUCAAUCUAAGCUCACUCUCGUCUCCAAUUAUCAAAGUUUCAAGGCUCCUGCAAGUAACAUAGUACUAAGAAAUGGAAAUGUUGGGCUAGGAGGGUAUUUUAUGCCUAAAAUGAAAAGGUUAAAUAUAGACUUUAGAUUGUGGAGAUUGAAUGGAGGGGGGGUUGUUUGUGCCUCUGGUUCUGAUUCAAACUCAAGUUUGAAACGUACUGGGAGGGAGAAAUCUGGUGUGGCUAUCAGUAGAUUUGGUGGGGUGGAACCAUUUCGUGGUAAACCAGGUUCUGUUUCCUUUUAUGGGCUAACUCACCAGCUAGUGGAAGAGAGCAAAUUGAUGUCAGCUCCUUUCCAAGAAGAAAAGGGAUCCUUCCUUUGGGUCUUGGCACCUGUUGCAUUGAUUUGUUCAUUGAUCCUUCCACAGUUUUUCUUUAGCUAUGCAAUUGAGACUUUCUUCAAGGACGAGACACUCAUAGAAAUUGUGUCCUCUUUUUCCUUUGAAGUGAUGUUCUAUAUUGGUCUUGGGAUGUUCCUGCUUGUGACUGAUUAUGUUCAAAGGCCAUAUUUGCAAUUCAGUGCCAAGAGGUGGGGUCUCAUUACAGGACUCAGGGGCUACAUAACAUCAGCUUUCUUCGCAGCGGGUUUCAAGGUUGUUGCUCCUCUCUUUGCCGUCUAUUUAACUUGGCCGGUGCUUGGCUUCCCAGCCUUGGUUGCAGUGUCUCCUAUCCUGGUAGGCUGUGCUGCUCAACUUGCAUUUGAGAUGAUUCUUGAUAAGCGCCAGUCAUCUUGUUGGCCCCUGGUUCCUAUUAUUUUCGAGGUGUAUAGAUUGUAUCAGUUGACCAGAGCUACUCAAUUUAUUCAGAACUUUAUGUUCUUGAUGAAAGACUCUCCCAAGUCCCCAGAGAUGAUGGAGAGAGGUGGUGCACUUAUUGGGAUGGUAGUAACUUUCCAAGUGGUAGCUGUGGUUUGCCUUUGGUCAUUGAUGACAUUUCUUCUACGGCUUUUUCCUUCUAGACCCGUUGCAGAGAACUAUUGAUGUUUGUAAGGGUGGUAUUAUUAUCCACAGUUCUUUGUUAGUUUUGAAUCUUCAAAAUUUACCCCUUAGGUAUCCAUGAAACUCCGUGGCCCAACUCAUGUUCAUCUAAAGUACAUAACAGGAGAAAUUUUGGGGUAACUGCCAAAAAUGCGGAUACAAUUAUUUAAGGCUGAAUGAAGAAAGAGAGAAGGUGAAGUUCUUGAUGUCACUCAAAUGCAAUUGGUUGUAACUUCUAAUUAUGGCCUUUUUAUUUUUUUAUUUUUCCUGAAUGGAAGAAUAUUUCCCAAGUAUCUGCAUGUGUUGAUACAGGGGGAUUAUUGACUUGUUUCUCAAACUGUUCGAUUUUAGGCAAUUAGGCAAUUAGUCCUCUCAAGACUAAAAGAUAUCUUGAUGAUAUUAUUUGUUCUUGAAAUGCUUUGCUUCAGAUUCGACAAACUACUCUCUUCACCAAGGAUCCUUACUGUAUAACAACCCUCUAGGGCCUUUCUUCUUUGUCUCUAAGUCCAAAACUUAUAUUUCAAGUGAUUAGCCUUCGAAUGAAAGAAGAUUGGUUGGCCCUUAACGGAGCUCAAAUGGCUAUAUUUGACUAGCAUCGUCAGAUGGUGUGGCUCUUGUUCAAUGACCGCUUAUGGAUGGCGUGUAGCAAAAUUUCGCACUAGUCGGCACCAUUUGUUUUCUUUCAGAAUUCUUUCAAAGAAUUUUAAGCUUAAAAAAAAAUAAAAAUUCUUGAGACUAAUUUUAACAUUAGGACAGAAUCUGAGAUGGUUCUUUGAAGUGACUUACAAAUAAUGUCUUGUUAUAAAAUUAAGUCAAAUAAGACGUAGAUUUGAAAUCUGAAGAGUGAAGAGUGAACCAAAGGUGGUUCAUUCGAGGAUUUGGUUACGGACACCUGAAGACAGACAAACUGAAAGUGAAGGUCCAAAGUGAGAAGUGAACUAACGGUGGUGAGUUAAAAGGCAACCUAAGAUUCAAGGGCCAAAAUAAGAUCCCUUGCAAAAUAAAACAGAACGAGGAAAAAAGACUAAACUAAGGUCAAAGUGAAAGAGCAAACUAAUGGCAGUGAGCCUGGAAAUAUGCUAAUUUUAUUUGCUCCUCUAAUUUGCUA